CUGCGCGGCGCCGCCCCUUGCAAAGAUGGCGUGGCGGGCGCUGUGGAGGCUCGGGCCGGCCUUGGGGCCGCGCUGCCCGCGCUUCUCCCCGCCGCCUUUGAGGGUGCCGGCGGCCCGGAGGUUGGGCACCAGCUCCUUGGUGCUGUCCGCCCGCAAAUUCACAGACAAGCAUGAAUGGAUUUCCGUUGAAAAUGACAUUGGAACAGUAGGAAUCAGCCAUUUUGCACAGGAAGCACUAGGAGAUGUUGUUUACUGUAGUCUUCCAGAAAUUGGGACAAAAUUGAGUAAACAUGAUGAGUUUGGAGCUUUGGAAAGUGUGAAAGCUGCUAGUGAACUCUACUCACCUCUUUCAGGAGAAGUAACUGAGAUUAAUGCUGCACUUGCAGAUAAUCCAGGGCUUGUCAAUAAAUCUUGUUAUCAAGAUGGUUGGCUUAUCAAGAUGACUGUGGAAAACCCUGCUGAACUUGAUGAACUGAUGAGUGAAGAUGCCUAUGAGAAAUACAUAAAAUCCAUUGAGGACUGAGCUGGAAUAAUGAAAUAAAUCCGUACAAAAUAA